UCUCACUUCUCAUUUCUCUCAUUCAUCCACUCAACCUAACCCUCAUCCAUCCUCCAUAACUUCAUCCAAACCAUGCAACGCGCACCAGAACCCAAAACCCGUCUGGGCCACUACAAGGUCCUUGGGGCCCACGCCGGUGUCCGUGUCUCGCCCAUCUGCCUAGGCGCGAUGAACUUUGGCACCGAGUGGGAAGGCAUGCUCGGCAAAUGCGACAAAUUCGAGGCCUUCAAGAUCCUCGACACCUUUUACGAUGCGGGAGGUAACUUCAUUGACACCGCGGACAACUACCAAAACGGCCAAUCCGAGCAAUGGAUCGGCGAAUGGAUGCAGAAACGCAACAACCGCGAAGAAAUGGUCAUUGCAACCAAAUUCACGUCCCCACUCACCCCGCAAAACAAAGACGGCAUCUGGAUCAACCACGCCGGCAACUCGCGCAAAAACCUGAAAAUCGCCGUCGAGCGGUCGUUGAAGAACCUCGAAACCGACUACAUCGAUCUCCUGUACGUCCAUUGGUGGGACUACACGACCUCCGUCGAGGAAGUCAUGCAAUCCCUCAACCAACUCGUCCUGAGCGGAAAGGUGCUCUACCUCGGCGUGUCCGACACCCCCGCCUGGAUCGUGUCCGCCGCCAAUACGUACGCCAAAGCACACAACCUGGCCCCGUUUGUGGUCUACCAAGGCAAAUGGAACGUCGAAGAACGCGACCUCGAGCGCGACAUCAUUCCCAUGGUCAAGCACUUCGGCAUGGCCAUCGCGCCGUGGUCCGUGCUUGGGGCCGGGCGGUACAAGAAGGACGAAGCCCCCGCGCGGGAGGGCACACCUUUCUUCAAGAAACAUGAUACCCACGACGCAAUGGUCUCCGCGCUCGACAGCAUCGCAGCCGAACUCAACGCGACGCGUAUGCAGGUGUGCAUCGCGUACGUGAUCAAGAAGUACCCGCUGACGUUCCCGAUUCUUGGGGGCAGGAAGGCGGAGUAUCUGAAGGAUAAUAUUGCGGCGUUGGAGUUGGUGGAGAAGUUGACGCAAGCGCAUGUGGAGACGUUGGAAAAGACGGGCCCGAUUGAUUUGGGGUUCCCGCAUAACUUUGUUGGGAAUGGGAAGUAUGAGGAUAACUUCUUGCUUGGGAUGAGCGGGAAGCUGGAGCAGGUCAGGAUCUGAGUUGCAUAUACCCCCAGGUGCAUUGCGUAACAUAGGAGCAUAGUGUACAUAUAGUGUACAUCUUUCUGUCGGCCUUGCAUACAUAGCCUAGCACACGCAUGCAUGGUAUGCCUGGUACUUU